CCCUAUUAUCACAUAAAGUCUCACUGUGUUCUUUCGUUAUCGCGAAUUAGGGUUUUCAGCCAAUUUCAGUGAAGAAGAAGGAAGGAGAAACGAUGGAAAAGUUGGAGCAAGUUCAAUGUUUCGGCCGCAAGAAGAACGCGGUGGCUGUCACCUACUGCAAGCGCGGCCGUGGUUUGAUCAAGAUCAACGGUGCCCCCAUCGAGUUGAUUGAACCGGAGAUCCUCCGAUUCAAAGCAUUCGAGCCCAUCCUCUUGUUGGGAAAGAGUCGUUUCGCCGGAGUAGACAUGCGCAUCCGCGUCAAAGGAGGUGGUCACACUUCUCAGAUUUAUGCCAUCAGGCAGAGUAUCGCGAAGGCACUUGUUGCUUACUACCAGAAGUAUGUCGAUGAACAGAGCAAGAAGGAGAUCAAGGAUAUCCUUGUGCGUUACGAUCGUACCUUGCUUGUUGCUGAUCCUAGGCGCUGUGAGCCUAAGAAGUUCGGUGGUCGUGGUGCUCGUGCUAGGUUCCAGAAGUCAUACCGUUGAAAUCGUUUAUUUGGAAGGGACGAAGAAAGAAAAACGAGGUGUUUUUUGGUUGUUUAUUUUAGCUUUCGGUUCAUGUUUUAUGCUGUGGAAAACUUUUUCUUUUAAUUCGUAGAAUUAUUAUCGAUUGAAUUGUUGUUUUAGUUGAACUUGUUAUUUAGGGUUUGUAUGCGAUUUUGCAAGAUUCACAUAAAUUAUGUUUUAGUUUUGAAAUUCUGCUUA